AUGACUACCACCAUCACCUCCACCGAGCAGAAGCUCAACCUCUCCCCGCUGGCCUCGCUACGCCGUCGUCAAGGGCGCCAUCCCCGCGACCGCGCCGACGCCUACGCCGAGGACAUGUUCCGGUACAUCGAGACCUUCAAGGGCGGGCUCGGCUUCCAGCGCGACGACCCGUCCACCCACGUCGAGGCCAAGAUGCCCGUCAUCAACGAAAAGGGCAUGUGCCUCGGCUACGGCGUCGCUCAUGAGUCCUUUACCUGGGGCAUCCGCCAGGAACCCGGCGUCGUCGACGCCUUCGCCAAGGUCUACGACACCGACGACCUCAUCGUCUCCUUUGACGGCGUCAACUUCACCUUCCCCCACCGCAAGGACCUCAAGCCCAACACCCCCUGGCCCCAUCAGGACCAGGAUCCCGAGAAGCCCGGCUUCCGCUGCCUGCAGGGUCUCGUUAAUAUCCUCCCCAACGGUGACAACGAUGGGGGCCUCAUCGUCUGCGAGGGCGCCCACCUGCUUUCCGAGGAGUUCCAUAAUGCAUUCCGCGGCGAGCCUGACAAGAUCUGGGCCUGGACCAAGGAGUGGUACGGCUUCACUGACGCCGGCAUGAAGUGGCUCGCCGACAAGGGCUGCCGCUGGGUCAAGGUCAAUGCCGAGCCCGGUGACCUCAUCCUCUGGGACUCUCGCGUGCCCCACUACAAUGUCUCCCCUACCGGUGACCGCGCCAGGUUCUGCGCCUACACCUGCUACAUGCCCGUUACCGAGGCCACUCAAGAGGAGCUUGUCCGCAAGAAGGGUGCCCUUGAGACUACCCAGAGCACUACCCAUUGGCCGAAUGCCAUGCACAUUGGUGGCGUUCCCAUCAAGAGGCUCAACGGCGAGCCUUGCCCUUACAACGACUUUAAGCCUAGGCAACCCGUCAACCUGACUGAGAGGGGCUACAAGCUGACUGGUAUCCCUUAUAUUCAGACGGUUGCGUAG